CAAACCGCUCAAGUGUAGGUUCUAAGUCCUGCUCUUACUUUACCGGAGAAUUCAUUUGUAUUUCUUGAUCCACGGCAGUCAGAUAAGUGCGUAAGAAGACGUCAAAGUUAUGAAGACAAGUGUUUUGGACUGUGCGUUGUGACUUCGCUUUUGGGGGGGAAAAGGAUGGACCCGAUGUUAUUCCGCUAUCCAGCACUACUGCUCUCCAACCGAGACCAAAUGUAACGCACCGGACGCUUGCCUGCGGAGGAAUUCAGCCAAUCUUUUGUGUACGGGAAUAACGCUUAUCCAAUCGUCCCUAAAUGCAGCAGAUAUGAGUUUUGACAGCAAAUACUCCCUCUUUUCACUUUUUCUGGGGUUUGUCAUCACCGGAGUCGGCAACUGCAAUCAAGUCGUGCUGUUGGAUACAACGUCUGUGCUUGGAGAGCUGGGAUGGAAAACCUAUCCUAUCAAUGGGUGGGACGCCAUUACGGAGAUGGACGAGCACAACCGUCCCAUCCACACUUUCCAGGUCUGCAACGUGAUGGAGCCUAACCAAAACAACUGGCUCCGCUCCAACUGGAUCCCACGUCAGGCCGCUCAGAAGAUCUAUGUGGAACUACGAUUCACGCUACGAGACUGCAACUCCAUCCCCUGGGUCUCUGGAACCUGCAAAGAAACAUUCAACCUCUUCUAUCACGAGACUGACGAAGUUCACAACAUCAAAUUCAAAUCUACACAGUACACCAAAAUCGAUACUAUAGCUGCGGAUGAGAGCUUCACCCAGAUGGAUUUGGGUGAUCGCAUUUUGAAAUUAAACACUGAGGUGCGUGAAGUGGGGCCUAUGACUAAAAAAGGCUUCUACUUGGCAUUCCAGGACAUAGGAGCGUGCAUCGCCUUGGUUUCGGUGAGGGUCUACUAUAAGAAAUGCCCAUUUACGUUGAGGAACUUGGCGUCAUUCCCGGACACAGUGCCACGGGGGGACUCUUCUUCACUGGUGGAGGUGAGAGGGGCGUGCAUAGACCAUGCAGAGGAACGGGACACGCCCAAACUGUUCUGUGGAGCGGAUGGUGAUUGGCUGGUGCCGCUGGGGAGGUGUGUCUGCAGCGUCGGGCAUGAGGAGAUAGAUGGAGCCUGUGUGGCAUGUCACCCGGGCUUCUUCAAGGCAUUUGCUGGAAACAUAAAGUGCUCCAAGUGUCCUCCUCACAGCUUCAGCUUCAGUGAGGGCUCGGCCGUGUGCCGUUGUGAGACCGGCUUCUACCGUGCAGACAAAGACCCGCCCACUAUGGCCUGCACACGCCCCCCCUCUCCUCCUCGUAACUUGAUGUUUAACCUGAACGACUCCUUCUUGUUACUGGAGUGGUCCCCUCCCAGUGACACCGGGGGGCGCCGCGACCUCACCUACAACGUCCAGUGUAAGCGUUGUGGACCGGAGCAGGACCAGUGCCACAUCUGUGAGGAGGAGCUGCGAUUCCUGCCGCGGCCACUAGGGCUGACCAACGCCACUGUCACAGUCACCGACUUCUCCGCUCACGCCAACUACACCUUUGAGAUCGAGUCCCUCAACGGUGUGUCCGACUUGAGUUCAUUUCCUCGGCAAGUGGCUUUCAUCACCGUCAGCACAGACCAGGGGGGCCCAUCUGUGGUCAGUGCCAUGAAGAAGGACUGGGCCUCCCCGAACAGCAUUGCCCUCUCCUGGCAGCAGCCGGAACAGACGGCCAUGCCCAUUCUAGAGUACGAGGUCAAAUACUACGAAAAGGAGCAUGAACAGACAAGUUACUCUUCCACUCGCACCAGGGCUCCCAGUGUGAUCGUCUCUGGACUGAAGCCUGCCACAUGGUAUGUCUUCAGUGUACGGACCAGAACAGUGGCCGGGUACAGCUCCUACUCCCCCAAAUAUGAAUACGAGACCACGGGAGACUCUUCCGACUUGGCAGCAGACCAGGGGCAGGUGCUGGUCAUCGUCACGGCAGCUGUGGGAGGAUUCACUCUCCUCGUCAUCCUCACUCUGUUUCUGCUCAUCACUGGAAGGUGUCAGUGGUACAUUAAAGCCAAGAUGACCGCAGAGGACAAGAGGAGGGCCAGCUACCAGAAUGGCCUGGUACCGUUCCCGGGGAUAAAGACCUACGUUGACCCUGACACAUACGAGGACCCCACACAAGCUGUGCACGAGUUCACCAAGGAGAUCGACCCGUGUCGCAUCCGCAUCGAGAGGGUGAUUGGAGCUGGAGAGUUUGGGGAGGUGUGCAGUGGAAGACUCAGAACCCCGGGGAAGAAGGAGAUCGCUGUGGCCAUAAAGACUCUGAAAGGAGGAUAUGUGGAGCGACAGAGGCGGGAUUUCCUCAGAGAGGCAUCAAUCAUGGGACAGUUUGACCACCCCAAUAUCAUCAGACUAGAAGGAGUGGUCACCAAAAGCCGUCCUGUGAUGAUAGUGGUGGAAUAUAUGGAGAACGGCUCACUGGAUUCUUUUCUAAGGCAACAUGAUGGUCACUUCACGGUGAUCCAGCUGGUGGGCAUGCUGCGUGGGAUCGCCUCAGGGAUGAAGUACCUGUCUGACAUGGGCUAUGUGCACAGAGACCUGGCGGCUCGAAACAUCCUGAUCAACAGUAACCUAGUGUGUAAAGUGUCCGACUUUGGCCUGUCCAGAGUCUUAGAGGAUGACCCUGAGGCGGCCUAUACUACAACGGGAGGAAAGAUCCCAAUCCGAUGGACAGCUCCAGAGGCCAUUGCCUACAGGAAGUUCUCCUCAGCCAGCGACACAUGGAGCUAUGGCAUUGUCAUGUGGGAAGUGAUGUCAUACGGGGAACGGCCAUAUUGGGAGAUGUCCAAUCAGGAUGUGAUUCUGUCCAUUGAAGAGGGCUACAGACUGCCGGCGCCCCUGGGCUGCCCUGUGGCUCUGCACCAGCUCAUGCUGCACUGCUGGCAGAAGGAGAGGAGUCAUCGGCCCAAAUUUGUCGACAUCGUAACAUUUUUGGAUAAACUCAUCCGCAACCCCAGCAGCCUUCUGCCACUGGUAGAGGAUAUUCAAAGUCUUCCAGAGUCUCCAUGCCCGAGUGAAGAGAUGGACUACCCCAUGUUUAUUUCUGUGGGCGAGUGGCUGGACUCCAUCAAGAUGUCGCAAUACAAAAGUAACUUCAUGGCUGCAGGAUACAACACACUGGAUGCUGUGGCCAGGAUGAGCAUUGAAGAUGUGAGGCGUGUGGGGGUGGAGCUGAUUGGACACCAGCGACGAAUCAUCAGCAGCGCUCAGACUCUUCACCUCCAGUUGCUGCACGAACACGACAAGGGGUUCCAUGUAUGAGGACGAACUUUGACCCCUCAUACGACCCCACAUAUGACCCCACCUGGGAUGGGUGCAUGGAGGGGAGAGAAGUCUAGAACACAGCCUGUGCCCCAAAUGUCAGAAAAUCUUGGUUUAAGAUGGACAAACUGGCACAGUGGACUUUGCUCCUGGUCGGGACACCUUCGUAGUACCAUAGGUUUUUCUACUCUGCAGCUCACCUGACAUUGGGCCAGACUCUAUGGACUAAAGACUGACAUGGUCCGCACUUAUAGGGGAAUGUAACCUAGCCAAGUAGAUUUGCAAACAUAAUCUACUUAAUCUUGACUUUUUGUUGAGUUAUGUGCUCAUGUAGCUGCUAUCGGGUGUGCAAUUUGAGACGUCUUUAUUUGAAAUUAUUUAUUAUAAAAUUUACUUAUUUACCCAUUCUCUCCAGUGAAUCUGGUAGGCUAAUACUUGAAGACAUAGAGAGCAAAGUAUGAGAUAAACUUUAUUGAAUGUUUCAAAAGUGUAUAGACAGCUAAUCGAUUAAUUGUUAUCAUAAACUUAUAUCUAUUAAUGUGCAGUCUUGUAUGUGAAAAAGCCCUAGUGAAUUUGGAUAUUAUAAUUCAUUUAUUUUCUAUCAAAAUCAGCAAUACAGCAAAAUGCAGUCACCUAGGUUUUUCAGACAGAGAUAAGGAAAAGUGCAAUGGGAGAUGGUAAGACAUACAAACUACUGAAACCAUUCACCAGUCAACUUUAUCGCUAAGCUUUAUCAGUUGCCUUCAAAGGAAUAACUAUAUACUUCUAAUCAUGCCUGGAAGUAU